UUACUCGUUAGCGCGCACUGCCCCUCCAGAUCAGCCAGACAUCAUUGGGCUUGCGACGACCAAGGUACAGACUGUCGCCUGCACGUACGACGACCAACCAUAAAAGCUUCCUUUCCGUCUUUGCUACCCCCUUCUUGCUCUUCUCUUAACUUCUCCCCUCUUUUAUCACUCGCAGAUUCGCAGACGGAACUGAAUUGAUACAGCAGGAACAGACAUGGCGUAUCAGGGCGGAUAUCCUCCUUAUGGCGCUCCCCCGCCUCAGGGUCAUUCCCCUCAACCGCCCUAUGGACAGUAUCCUCCCCCUCAACAACCGUAUGGCCAACCUCCUCCUGGCCAACCGGCUUAUGGUCAACCGCCUCCAAAUCAAUACCCUCCUCAAGGAUAUCCCCCUCAACAGCAAGCGUAUGGUGCGCCACCCCCAGCACAGUACGGUCAACCAGCAUAUCCUCCUCAGCAGCCCCCAUACGGUUCUCCAGCUCCACCGGCAGGCCAAUAUGGUCAACCAGCAUAUCCUCCACAACAGCCAGGUUAUGGCCAACCUCCCCCACCGCAACAAUAUGGAUCCCCAGCUCCUGGAUACGGAGCACCACCUCCUCAGCAAUAUGGAGCACCCCAACAAUACGGCGCACCACAACCAUACGUUCAACCCACUCCUCCAUCUGUAGGAUACGGUCCUCCUCAACAGAUUGCUUGGAACGGCGACGCAGACGCAGAAGCCCUGCGCAAAGCCAUGAAAGGCUUUGGCACCGACGAGAAGACCUUGAUCCGUGUCCUCGCAGACAAAGAUCCCCUACAAGUGAAUGUUAUUCGUGAUACCUACCAGCGCAAAUUCCACCGUCAACUCAUAGCCGACGUACAAAGCGAAGUAAGCGGCUGGUUUGAGGAGGGUCUAUGCGCUAUUAUCCGCGGCCCAUUGCUUACGGACAUCCAUCUCCUGAAAGGGGCAACCGAUGGACCGGGCACGAAGGAGAAAGUGCUCAAUGAUGUGCUGCUUGGACGCUCGAAUGCCGACCUACGCGCGAUCAAAGAGGCCUACCUGAAGACAUACCGCACAUCUCUCGAAUCUGAUAUCAAGGCCGAUCUUAGCAUGAAGACGGAGAGGCAUUUCUUGAUGGUACUUGCAGCGAACAGAAAUGAAGAGAGCACACCUGUGAUUCCGCAGCAGGUGGAUCAAGAUGUCAUGGAGAUAUAUAAGGCGACGGAAGGAAAGGUUGGCACGGAUGAGCUGCUGGUGUGCAGUAUUUUGAGCCAGAGGAGUGAUGCGCAGAUCAGGGCUAUUGCGCAUACAUAUAAGCAGAAGUUCACCAGAGACCUCGAAACCGUCAUCAUAAAGGAAUUCUCUGGACACAUGGAAGCAGCCCUCCUGCACCAACUCCGCACAGGCACCGACAAAGCAAUGCGCGACGCCAUGCUCCUCGAGGCUGCCAUGGCUGGCGCUGGUACUCACGACGCCUUGCUCACGAACAGAGUGAUUAGAAUGCAUUGGGAUAGGAACCAUAUGAAUAAUGUUAAAGGCGCGUAUCAGCAUAAGUAUCAUCGCAGUGCGGUGAGCAGGAUUAAGAGCGAGACGAGCGGGGAUUACGAGAAGCUGCUUGUUGCUGCUUUAGGUGAGCAUUAGGUUGAGGCGGGGGAGAGACAACGGGUUGGAUUGGCACGCGGGAACUGGUUUGGGAGGCUGUAUAGUACGAGUUUAAUGAAUUUGAUACCAAGCUUUUUUCUUAAGCCCCUGUAGUCAAAAAUCCAGUGAAACGGGGGCAUUUCAUGCCUGAGCUGGCUUCGAAGAAUGUUUUUUUUACCCCUUCACUAUACACUCGUCCUCAUUUCUAUUUCUAGUGGGAAUCAUUGUACCGAGGCCUUCCUUGUUAACCUCGGAGUUUAGCCCUUAACUAGAGCAAAUGACGCUCCCUUAAUAUUAAUGAGAGUAAAAGAACCGGUACCCCCCUCCAAUAAUCGGCAGUCUUCCGGUUUGAAAUAAG